GCUCCACUUAGUCUAUUUUCAAUCUGGACCAUUAUCUACAUUCACGCUAUAUAAAGCGCGAAGAAUUCUCAGAGAGGCGCGUACACUUGAGAGCAUCAUACUUGAGCGCAGUAUAUGUUAUGUAGAAGAGCCCGCGUGUGUAGGUGAACAACCAUUCUAAAUCUGCAGACGCGUGUGUCGAGUGUGUCAAGUGUGUUGAGCUAGGACAUAUAUACAUGAUAAUUGAUAAGGUCAUCACGGGAAUAGAUGCACGACAGUAACAUAUCACGUGGCAAUACGACCAUGAAAAUGACGUGCCUGACUACAUUAUCUGCCUUCCUGGUUAUCUUCUGUUCGUCAUGCUGCGUCAUCCAUUGUUCAGCUGCGGGAAGAUUCCCUUACGUCACUAUCCCACGCGUGUCCAGUGGAGCUAGACAGUCGCACAGAAUUCAGCCGUACGGAGAAAAUUCGGUGACACAAGGGAGAGAGACGUACGACGGCUCCCAUAACAACGGAUACCGCGGCCCCCCUUACAAGCAACCGCGGCGGUCAUUCGGGUUUCAGUCGUCGCGUCGCCGUCCUACUCACUAUCUGAGAUUGCCGGAGCCCCACUAUCCAGUACACUAUGCUGCCCAUCCCCGACACCAGCUGACGUUUGACGACGAUAUAACUACAUUCAGGAACAGCCAGGCAGCUCUCAUAGCCGCCCUGCAAGCAGAGAAGGCAGCAAUCGAGAUGCUGUUGGCCAGCAAUCCCAUCGCAGAUGGAAUCACUCCGAUCCCAACAAUGACCUGCGAGGACGAUGCGCCGAUCACCAUCACGUGUGGUAUGACGCAGAUAUCUACGAUCAUGGUGACGUACGGUUACGACCCUGCAACCGACGGCACCACGUGCACUAAUGACCCCAUGACUACUGACCUCACCGGCUGUAUGGUUAAUGACGUUACGUCUACCUUUAGUGCUGGUUGUGUAGGGUCGACUAGCUGCGUUUUAGACAUUUCCGACAUGACCAUUGGGACUGAUCCAUGUCCAAUUGGUAACUCAAUCGGGCGUGUAACCUAUACGUGUUCUAUACUAACAGACAGCCAGAUAGUAUUCUUUGAGGCCCAGUACGCGCUCAUCUGCUCGCAACUGGACGCGAUCGAGACAACAUCGGCGAACGUAGCCACCGUUUUCGAUGCUAUAUUCAGUGACUUGACAUCAUGGAGCAAGUAUUUAGUAUUCAAACCCAAAUACAGCCGUUACAACGGAUAUGGGAAACGUUAGUUAAAGUAAAUUGCAUUGUGUAUAUCGAUUGCGCGGCAUGGGCAUCAAUACAGCGAGUCUACCGAAAUUGUGUGUCAUUUACACGAAAUGUAACGCAUUUUAUCGCUAAAUUUUUAGCGAAAAUUGAUUCAAUUUGAAUUUGAGCGAAAAUUCAAACGUGUUGAUAUUAUGUAUGUUGACGAUUAUCUCAAUGUUACGACUGGCGAUGCUGUCCUAUAUAAACGAUGAAAUCAAAUUGGCUUCAUUUUCGCUGUAAUGUAUGUUACUGACAUGUAAAAUUUUGUCAAAAUAUAUUGCCUUUAAUAAAUAAAUUAUUGCUUUUA